AACUCCACCCCACCUUUUGUCUCCUUCAAUCUCUUUAAUUUCCUUGUAUUACAGGCAAGGAAGAGUAACGGGUUUCGUUUUCUUCCUUUAUUAGCCUAUCCAGAUUUUCCUUCUUCAAUAUUAGAUGUGAAAUCUGAAAGGGAUACCCGACACAUGGAAGAAAACACAGAGCGAAGCCCCCCAUCUUUUGUCACCUUCGAUCCAAUCUCUUCAUUUUUCUUCUAGUACAGGAAAGACCUCUCUAGGGUCCAUUUUCUCUCUCUCUCUCUCUGUGUCCAUUUUCUUUCCGGUGAUUUUCUCCACAAUGAGGAGUAUAGCAUCUUGUUACAGUGAACAUGCCAUUAAGGUAUCCGAUUCAUAUUGUUCAGGCCCUUCAAAUCAGCCUAACAUCUCUUCAAAACUGAUACCUUCAAUCCCAGAUGCCGUCACAUGUAUAUACAAAGCAAAACUCUCAAGACAAAAGCAGCUCCUGAUUACAAUUACUUGGUGCAGCAGCCUUAUGGGACAAGACUUUAUGAUUGACAUCGGCGACAACACCUCCUUCCCGCCUUCGAAAUUGAAGUCCACUUCUCAGCGGCUGCAAACGAAUAAAGGCUCCAGAACAUUCCAAUCUUGCAGCUCAAAGAUUGAGGUCUUCUGGGAUAUUUCUAAGGCUAGCUAUGAUGCCGGACCGGAGCCGAUCAACGGCUUUUAUGUCAUGGUUUUUGCUGACUCAGAACUCUGUCUACGCCUUGGAGACAACGAUGAAACAGAAACCCAACACGCAAAAUUCUCGUUGGUUUCUAGGAGCGAGCACUUCUCUGGUAAUGCUGUUUAUUCAACCAAGGCACAAUUCUGUGAUUCAGGAAUAGCUCACGACAUCUUGAUCAAGUGUGUCAGGGAAGAAGGAUCAAGGAGUCCGGUAUUAUCUGUUUGCAUUGAUAAGAAGAGGAUUUUUCAAGUGAAGAGAUUGAGGUGGAAUUUUAGAGGGAACCAAGCAAUUUUUUUAGAUGGUUUGCUGGUGGAUUUGAUGUGGGAUGUUCAUGACUGGUUCUUCAAUCCAGCAUCUGGGUUUGCUGUUUUCAUGUUCAGGACUAGGAGUGGGUUGGAUAGCAGGCUGUGGUUAGAGGAGAAGCAUUUGGAAGAGAAGGAACAAGAGAAGGUUGGAUUUUCUUUGUUGAUCUGUGCCUGGAAGAACCCUGGCUGAUUCUUGUGUUUGGUGUUUUCUUUUCUUUAUUUUCCCUUUGUAUUUUUUUUUUUUUUUUUUUUACUUGUGGAAAAAAAUAUAUUAACACUAAAGUUGAUUUCUCAAUUGUUUAAAUGAUUUUAACAGCAGAAAGAGGAUAAAUGGUUAAUCUUCAGGUUUCUGGGAAAGAUGCUUUACUUGAACUGGGAAAACUUUUAAUGUAAUGAUGUGAGUUGUGGUUGUUACAGUUGUAUAGAUUCUAAUUGUAUAUG